AUGGAUGGCAGGAUCAUUGAAAAAAGCAUGCGAGAUGCAUUACAGAAAAGGUUUGGGCCUGUGUGUCUGGAAAUCACGAACACGUCGCCGGAUCAUCAGGGCCACCUGAAUUCUUCAGAAGCGCACAUGGAAGAAACGCACUUCUCUAUAAGAAUAAAAUCAGAGAUAUUCAAUCGAAUGGUAAGUCUGCAUCAUCGUAACUAA